AUGAAACAUGGCACGUUUCCUUAUUGCAUUCUGAUUGCUGCCAAUCGAGAACCGCGAAUUCCACAUGCUGGUGAUGGUGGUGGUGAUGAUGAUGAUGAUGAUGAUGAUGAUGAUGACGAUGAUGAUGAUGAUGAUGAUGAUGAAUGUACGCCCACUCUAAUUGCUAUGAAUUACACAAAUUUGUAUGAUAAAAAAACACGAGCCCCGGCACAAGCGUAUGACAAGCGUGAUAAUCAUGUAUGGUGCUUCAAGUAA